AUGGGACAGUCCGUAACCACUCCCUUAAGUCUUACUUUACAGCAUUGGAAAGAUGUCCGGACUAAGGCUCACAACCUCUCGGUGGAAGUCCGGAAAGGAAAGUGGGAGACUUUUUGUUCCUCAGAGUGGCCUACCUUUGGUGUCCACUGGCCACGGGACGGCAGUUUUGACCUAUCUCUUAUCUUGCAGGUUAAAUCAAAAGUGAUGGACCCCAGACCCCAUGGGCACCCGGACCAAGUCCCAUACAUUAUCACCUGGGAGGAGCUGGCCCGGGAUCCCCCUCCCUGGGUCAAGCCCUUUACCACUCCCACUCCCCCUCUCGUUCCCUCUGCUCCCGCUCUGCCCCCUCCCCUUACACCCUCCAGGUCCACCCUGUAUCCGGGUCCCCUCCUGGAUCUCCUCACCGAGGAGCCCCCGCCCUAUCGGGGACCAGACCCCCGGCAGGAGGCUCCGGCGCCUGACCAUGCCCAAAGCCCGGGAGAGGCAGCGGCCGCCAGCCCUCCGGCGGAGCCGUCUCCGAUGGCUGGGCGACUGAGGGGACGCCGAGAGCCCCCUCCAGACUCCACUUCGCAGGCUCUUCCCCUGCGUGCUGGGGCAGACGGUCGGCCCCAGUAUUGGCCUUUCUCUGCCUCUGAUCUUUACAAUUGGAAAAACAAUAACCCCUCCUUCUCUAAAGAUCCCACUAAACUGACUGCUCUCAUUGAGUCUAUCCUGGUGACCCAUCAGCCCACUUGGGAUGACUGUCAGCAGCUGUUACAGGUUCUCCUGACCACGGAGGAGAAGCAGAGGGUUGUCCUAGAGGCCCGUAAGAACGUCCCGGGGGCCAACGAAUAGCCCACCCAGCUGCCGAAUGAAAUUAACAGUGCCUUCCCCUUGGAGAGACCUGAUUGGGACUUCGCCACCAAGGAGGGUAAGAACAACCUACGACUCUAUCGCCAGUUGCUAAUGGCAGGUCUCCACGGGGCUGCUAGACGCCCCACUAAUUUGGCCCAGGUUAAAUUAGUCACUCAGAAGCCUGAUGAGUCUCCCUCUGCCUUUCUAGAGAGGUUAAAAGAGGCCUUCCGGGUGUACAGUCCUUAUGACCCCGAAGACCCCACCCAGGCUACUAACCUAGCCAUGUCUUUUAUUUGGCAGUCAGCCCCAGACAUUAAAAGGAAGUUAGAGAGACUUGAAGGAUUAAGAGAAAGUUCCAUGCAAGAUUUGUUGAAAGAAGCUGAAAAGAUUUUUAAUAAGAGAGAGACUCCAGAGGAGAGGGAUGAGAGAUUAAGGAGAGAGGCUGAGGAAAGAGAGAGUGUGCAAGAACGUAAGCGAAAUAAGGAAUUUAGCAAACUAUUGGCCACCGUAGUAACAGGACAGAGACAGAGUAGGCAGGACCAGGGAGAACGAAGGGGCCCCCGGGUGGACAAAGACCAAUGCGCCUACUGCAAGGAAAAAGGUCAUUGGGUUCGAGACUGCCCAAAGGGACCCCGGAGACCUAAACCCCAGAGCUCCCUACUCAAUCUGGAAGAAGAUAGGGGGGGUCAGGGUCAGGAGCCUCCCCCUGAACCCCGGCUAACCCUAAACGUGGGGGGGCAACCGGUCACCUUCCUGGUGGACACUGGGGCCCAACACUCGGUCUUUACAACCGCACUGGGCGCUCUCUCCAAUAAAUCGGCCUGGGUCCAAGGAGCCACUGGAGGAAAACGGUACCGAUGGACAACAGAACGGCAAGUGCACCUGGCUUCCGGUAAGGUGACUCAUUCCUUCCUACAUGUUUCUGACUGUCCUUACCCUCUACUAGGGAGGGACCUCCUGACAAAACUAAAGGCACAGAUUUACUUUGAAGGGCCCAAGGCACGAGUUACGGGGCCUCAAGGACAACCCCUCCACGUGCUCGUCCUACAUAUGGAGGAUGAAGGUAUCCGCUUCAGAUGAUGGCUUAAAGGGUUCCCAUUGGCCUGGGCAGAGACAGGAGGAAUGGGAUUGGCCUCGCCUUUGGUAGUUCCACUCAAAGCCACCGCCUCCCCUGUCUCCAUCAAACAAUAUCCCAUGUCUCAGGAGGCCUACCAAGGAAUUAGACCCCAUAUUAAAAGACUCCUGGACCAAGGGAUCCUAGUACCUUGCCAGUCGCCCUAGAAUACCCCACUACUUCCAGUCAAAAAGCCGGGCACCGGGGACUAUCGCCCAGUACAAGAUCUGAGGGAGGUCAAUAAACGGGUGGAAGACAUACAUCCCACCGUGCCCAACCCAUACAACCUGUUGACUGGAUUGGCCCCAACACAUACUUGGUACACGGUGCUGGAUUUGAAAGAUGUGUUCUUUUGCUUGAGGCUCCAUCCCAAGAGCCAGCAGAUAUUUGCUUUUGAAUGGAAAGAUGCUGAAUUAGGGAUUUCUGGACAAUUGACCUGGACCCGACUCCCUCAGGGGUUCAAAAAUAGCCCCACUCUGUUUGAUGAGGCGUUGCACAGAGACUUGGCUGACUUCAGGGUUCAACACCCGACGUUAAUCCUGCUCCAGUAUGUAGAUGACCUGCUCUUGGCCUCCAAGACUAGGGAAGGCUGCCAGGAAGGGACAGCGGCUCUGCUGAAAGCCCUUGGUGAAUUGGGGUACCGAGCCUCGGCCAAGAAGGCACAGAUAUGUCAACAACAGGUGACUUAUCUGGGGUACCAGAUUAGAGAAGGGAAGAGGUGGUUGACAGAAGCCCGGAAGCAGGCUAUCCUGCAAAUCCCUGCCCCUAGGAAUCCUAGACAACUAAGAGAAUUCCUGGGCACCGCCGGGUUCUGUUGCCUCUGGAUUCCAGGGUUGGCAGAAAUGGCUGCGCCGCUCUAUCCCCUCACCAAACAAGGGACACUCUUUACUUGGGGAGAAGAACAGCAGCAGGCGCACACAGCCAUAAAAGAGGCCCUGCUGUCCGCUCCCGCGCUAGGCCUCCCAGACCUGACCAAGCCCUUUGAGCUGUUCGUGGAUGAAAAAAAGGGAUACGCCAAGGGGGUACUGACCCAGAAACUUGGACCGUGGAGGCGGCCUAUAGCAUACCUAUCCAAGAAAUUGGACCCGGUGGCCUCGGUAGCCGCCAUUGCCCUCUUGACCAAAGACUCUGGCAAGCUCACCAUGGGACAGCCAAUAACCAUCCUGGCUCCCCACGCAGUAGAGGCCCUGGUUAAGCAACCCCCGGAUAGGUGGCUCUCCAACGCCCGCAUGACCCAUUACCAGGCCCUACUGUUAGAUACCGACAGAAUCCAGUUCAGACCAACAGUGGUUUUAAAUCCUGCCUCCUUGCUCCCCCUGCCGGAGAGCCCAGAAACUCACGACUGCCUCCAGAUUCUGGCAGAAGCCCAUGGGACCAGGCCUGACCUGACUGAUCAGCCCCUCCUGAAUGCUGAUCAUACCUGGUAUACAGAUGGGAGCAGCUUUCUGGAAGACGGGGAACGCAGAGCAGGGGCUGCCAUCACCACCACAACUAAGGUGAUCUGGACCACUGCAUUGCCUCCAGGAACAUCGGCCCAGAGGGCAGAGCUCAUCGCCCUGACUCAGGCGCUCCGGCUGGCAGAAGGUAAGAGGCUGAAUGUGUAUACUGACAGCCAUUAUGCCUUUGCCACCGCCCAUGUACACGGAGAAAUCUAUAGAAGGAGAGGCCUCCUAACCUCAGAGGGCAAGGAAAUCAAGAACAAACCAGAGAUACUGGCUUUGUUACAAGCUCUUUUCCUCCCCAAAGAGGUCAGCAUCAUGCACUGUCCGGGGCAUCAGAAGGGCAACAGUCCAGAAGCAAUGGGAAAUCAGUUGGCGGAUAAGACUGCCAGAGAGGCUGCCCUUGGUCCACAGAGCCACCUCAUAAUCACCCAGGUUCUCACAGAAGGAGAAUCCCCAGCCCCCUGCCCAGGUUGGAAGUACGAGGAGAAGGACCUGGAGGUGCUCUAGAAAAUGGGGGCCUUCCACGACACAGUAAAGGAUCAAUGGGUGUAUCAGGACAAGACCGUGGUCCCUCAUAAGGCCACAGCAUAUCUCAUUGACUAUUUCCAUAAGCUGACCCACUUAAGUGCCAAGAAAAUGAAGACUCUCUUGGACAGGGAAGAAACUGGACUGUACCUCUUGGGCAAAAGGCAGGCCCUGCAGGAAGCCGUGGCUUCCUGUAAAGCCUGCACCCAGGUAAAUUCAAAUAAGGCAAGGUCAACACCUGGAACCUGUCAGAGGGGCCACCGUCCAGGGAUUCAUUGGGAAAUUGACUUCACAGAAAUCAAGCCCGGCAUGUAUGGUUACAAGUACUUACUAGUUUUUAUAGACACCUUUUCAGGAUGGGUAGAGGCCUAUCCCACCAAGCAUGAGACUGCAAAAGUUGUGACCAAGAAGUUCCUGGAAGAGAUCUUCCCCAGGUAUGGCAUGCCCCAGGUGCUGGGGUCUGACAAUGGGCCCGCGUUCGUCUCCCAGGUAAGUCAGCAGGUGGCCACUCUACUGGGGAUAAAUUGGAAACUUCAUUGUGCUUAUCGGCCCCAGAGUUCAGGACAGGUGGAGAGUAUAAAUAGGACCAUUAAGGAGACCUUGACUAAAUUAGCGCUUGCAACUGACACUAGAGACUGGGUGAUCCUCCUCCCGUUGGCCCUAUAUCAGGAGCGGAAUACACCUGGCCCCCACGGACUCACGCCUUUUGAGAUUCUGUAUGGAGCUCCCCCUCCUGUUGUCAACUUCCUUGACUCCAACAUUGCCUCGUUUGCUAACAGUCCUUCUUUGCAAGCCCACUUGCAGGCCCUGCAGAUCGUCCAGCGAGAAGUCUGGAAGCCCCUGGUGGCUGCCUACCAAGACCAGCUGGACAGGCCCGUGGUGCCCCACCCUUUCCAGAUUGGAGACUCCGUGUGGGUGCGCCGCCACCAGACGAAGAACCUAGAGCCUCGCUGGAAGGGACCGUAUACUGUGCUGUUGACCACUCCUACUGCCCUGAAAGUGGACGGCAUUGCUGCCUGGGUACACGCUUCCCACGUCAAGGCCGCCCACGAGACAUCGAACACUCGGGAAUCAGAUCAACAACGGUCUUCAUGGAAACUCCAUCGCACUCCAAACCCUUUAAAGAUAAGACUCACCCGCAGCUAA